AUGGCUGCGCCGUGUACGCGAACGAUCGGCUACCUUAUCACAAAAUGUGGGACAUCAUGCUCCACUAUAUCAAAAGCCUCAUCACGUGCAAGUCGGGAAGUGGUCAGUAGACCCUUAUGUACCAGUUCUAUCAUGUACAGGAAGAACCUGGCAGCUGCUCCCCCCGAAAAGUUUACAUUGGAGUUCAUUGAGAAGCAAGUGGAGGAAUUCAAUAUUGGCAAGCGGCAUCUGGCCAACAUGAUGGGAGAGGACCCUGAGAAUUUUACUCAGGAGGACAUAGAUAGAAGCAUCGCUUACCUCUUUCCCUCCGGUUUGUUUGAGAAGAAGGCACGACCCCUAAUGAAGCAUCCAGAGGAAAUCUUCCCGAGGCAGCGAGCUGUCCAAUGGGGGGCAGACGGACGACCAUUCCACUUCCUGUUUUACACAGGAAAACAGGCUUACUAUACCUUGAUGCAUGACAUACAGGGUAAAAUCCUUAACAUUGAGAGGCAUCAGGAUCGUCUGCGAGCCGAAGGCCUCUUUUCUUCUCUACAACUCCACAGAUCUCUUGGCAGAAGCAGAUGGCUCCAGAAGGAGGAGCUGGAAGAGUUGUUGGUGGAGCCCAUAUCUGUUCAUGAUUAUACCCACUUUCUCCAGCUAAUGGAAAGAUUGCUGUCUCUGCCCUACUGCGCCACCGAGGAGCAGUUUGUCUUAAAUUACCGCCAGCAACUUGAGGCUCAGUCUAUCAAGCAGACAAUACCAACCAUGGAGAAGGAUGAAAAGGGUGUGGCCUUUAGCACCUCAGAAGGACGAAGAAAGACAUCGAAAGCCUCUGUUGUUUUGAGAGAUUGCGGCUCUGGGUGUGUCAGUAUUAACGGACAGAACUACCUCCAAUACUUCUCGGUGAUACAAGACAGGGAGCAGCUUAUGUUUCCGCUCCAGUUCAUGGGCAUGCUGGGACGUUUUGACAUAGAGAGCAGUGUGAAUGGUGGUGGGCGGUCCAGCCAGGCAGGAGCACUGCGACUGGCCAUCUCCCGUGCCUUAACCAGCUUUGUUUCUGAGAGAGAUGUAGAGAUCAUGAGACAAGCUGGUCUGUUGACUCCUGACCCCAGAGUGAGGGAGAGGAAGAAGCCAGGUCAGGAAGGUGCCAGGAAAAAAUUCACAUGGAAGAAACGUUGA